AUGUCUACCACGCGUAAAAGUCUGGAAAAACCGGAUUUCGAUGUCGAGCACAGAGAGCAUGGUCAAGAUGGAUCAGCUCCUCAGCUCUACACCAAAGAUGAGGAACCUGAACUACAUCUCAAGACCUGGCUGGCACUGGCUGCAAUGUGCGUUCUGCAGUACGUUUCGUUGCUCGCUUUAGUCGGCCCUCCCACAGUGCUUGUGAACAUAGGAGCCAGUUUCGGCGAAGAUGAGAUCUGGAGAUACUGGAUCCCAAAUGUUGUGACCCUCGUCCAAGCCGCGCUCAGUCCGAUGCUGGCAUCCAUCUCCGACGUGUUCCAGGCUCGAAAGGCAGUCAUGGUGGUGUUGACUACAAUCUCGUUUGUGGGAGCAGCUAUUGUGCCAAACUCUGGAUCCAUCUUUCGUCUGAUCGGGGCUUCUCUCAUGAUCGGAUUUGGCUUGGCCGCCGCUCCAUUGAGCUAUGCUGUGCCCUCUGAGAUUGUACCGCGCCGAUGGAGACCACUGUGUCAAGCUCUCAUCAACGUCGCUGCUGGCCUCGGUGCUAUCACCGGCCCGCUCGUCAUCGGAGCUCUCACCCAACAGGAUCCCAUAGACGGAUGGAGAAGAUUUUAUUGGGUGCAAAUGGCGCUCUGGGGCCUCUCUGUAGUGGGAAUCCUGUUUGGCUACCUGCCGCCCAAGCGAACAUCUGAUGCAUCCACCUUGAUGAAUAAGCUCGGCCGGAUCGACUGGGUUGGAAGUGCUCUCCUCACUGCAGCAAUAGCUCUCUUCGUGGCUGGAUUCAACCUAGUGUCUGUCUUCGCGUGGUCCAGUGCAAAAGUCCUUGGUCCACUCGUGUCUGGCGUAGCAGCAUUCAUCAUUUUUGGUCUGUACGAGGCGUUCGGCACAAAAACAGGAAUCCUCCCACACGAACUGUUCCGAGGCGGCGGAAGACAUGGCUGGGCAUUUGCUAUAUUCUGCUUCCUGUUCUUCAUCGAAGGUGUUACUUUCUUCGCCUUGGUCACGUUCUAUCCUGUCAUGACCAAUGCCCUCUUCACGCAAGAUCCUUUAGGUGGAGCAGUCCGUCUGCUACCACUCUUCGCUGCCAGCAGUGCGUUCACUGCCAUCUACGGCUGGGCAAGUUCUCACUUCAAAGACAUCAAGUAUUGCAUGUUCGUCGGCUUUGCGCUUUACACUGGAGGAAUCGUUGGGCUCGCAACCGUGCAGCCAGGACAGCCCGGAGUUGCCAUUGGGAGUCUGACCCUGUGCGGAAUCGGUCUUGCUGGACCUCUGGUACUGAUCCUCACCGGAACCCAGCUUUCCGUACAGCAUCAUUUGAUCGCCACAGCAACUGCAUUAGUGGUCGCUUCUCGGACUCUCGCUGCAUCAAUGUUCGUGGCUGCGUAUAGUACUGCCUUGAAUCAGCGCUUGGGCACUUAUAUCCCGACAUAUAUUGCCAAUGCCGUGGUGCCAGCCGGUCUGCCUCCGCAAUCGAUCGGUGCCUUCAUCGGGGCUUUUGCAAGCGGGGCACGAGAAGCAGUAGCGCAGGUUCCUGGAGUCACACCAGCUAUUAUCGCAGCAGCAGGAGCUGCGUAUCAGCAGGCUUUCGCUGAUGGCGUGCGCGUGGUCUUCAUAAUCGCCGCUCCAUUUGGUGCUGUUGGCUGCGUCCUGUGCUUGCUGCUACCAAGCUUCAGUGACAAGAUGGAUUACCUCGUUGAGGCACCACUCGAAGACCUGCACAAGCGUGCGAACCAUGGAGGCAAGGUUUAG